AUGGCUUCUAGUGGUAACGAAAUGACGAAUAGAUCGAUGCAGGAUAUGAAAGAAGAUGUUUUGUCUGCUGUUCUUCGUGGUGACUAUGUUAAUGCUGUGCGGAUAUAUACACGAAUGAUUUCAAUGGCUGGAGCUGCAGAAAAUGAUGAAAUGUCUUCAUUAUUCUCGGGUCGGGCAGCAUGUCAUCUUUUGGCAAAACAAUUCGAGCUUGGAUUAGAAGAUUGUGACCAAGCAAUAUCAAAAAAUGAGAGAAAUAUUGAUGGUUAUAUACAAAAAUGGUGA